AUGCUGUACAAAGCGCUAAUAUGCAAGCCGCCGUUUUUAGCGAACAAAAAAAAGACGGGUAGCAGCGAUAAAAUUGCCAGGUCGCUGCUAGGUUAGCGACGGAAAAAACGACUGCCUGACGGAUAGCGCGCCAUAAGACGGAAUAACCUCGCUGCGACAUUGCAAAAACCUCGCAGUAAAGUGCCGUAACAUUUUAUGAGUUAUUUUUUGCUUUUUUUUUUCUGGUUUUUGAGUGGUUUUUUCAGCACAGAAAGUGUUAUUAAUAGGUACAUUUUUUAAUUUUCUUAUUUUUUUAGAGACAACCGUCACAGAAUGCAGGGAUCCCAUCAAAUCCACAAUUGUCAUUUCUGAUGUAAGUUUAAUUGUAAGAAUAGGCGACAAUUUUGAGAAAAAGAAUGUAGAAGUUUCAGGCUUCCGAACAAGAAGAUGGAAAGGACACUCAAAGAGAUCAAGAACUUCUCAUGGAACGGGCCAGUCAAGUUAGUUUAUUUUGA